UCUCAAUCCUCUUGGCUCGCUGUCUGUGUGUGCCCACCAUCGGGCCACUGGCAGGGUGGCAGCAUGAGCGUGGUCGGCCCGGGUGGCAGCCCUAUUGAGGGGCAGUGUGAUGGACACAAUGCAAGCGACAGACUUGCUGCAUCAACAGCAUCCCCAUUCCUGUUUUUUUUGCUGCAGUGUGCCAUUUAUAAACCAUAAAUACCCCCCCUGGCCCCUAGUGCCUGCUCGCCAGGCCUCAACACUCACACGCCCUCAUACAGAGUGAGAAAGAGAGAAAUAAAUCAAAUAAAAGAAAGAACAAGGAAAAACGAAGAGAGUGUGCCUCAUACGUGGUGCAGUGAAGCACAAGCCAUCCAGAGGUAAAAUGUCAGAGCAGCAGGGUGCACCGGAGCAGCUAGCAGCUGGGAAGAGCCAAGGAGGGGCAGGAGCCACCUAUAAGGUGGUGUUGUUUGAGUUCGAGAAUUUCCGUGGGAAGAAGGUGGAGCUGUCUGCAGAGUGUAAGGAUGUGAUUGAGAAGGAAUGUGAGAAGGUGGGAUCUGUCAUUGUGGAAUCUGGACCCUGGGUAGCGUUUGAGUGCCAGGCAUUUGGCGGGGAGCAGUUUGUCCUGGAGAAGGGCGAGUAUCCUCGUUGGAGCACCUGGACCAACAGCCAGACUAACAACUACCUGCUGUCCUUCAGGCCACUCCAAGUGGACAGUGCAGAUCACAAGCUCCACCUGUUUGACAAACCAGGUUACGCAGGGAGGAAGAUGGAGAUUGUGGACGACGACAUCCCCAGCCUGUGGGUCCAUGGCUUCCAGGACUGUGUGGCCAGUGUAAAGGCUCUGAAUGGAACGUGGGUGGGCUACAUGUUCCCAGGCUACAGGGGUCGCCAGUAUGUCUUUGAGCUUGGAGACUACAAGCACUGGAACGACUGGGGAGCCACGGCGCCUCAGAUCCAGUCCGUCCGACGCGUGCGUGACAUGCAGUGGCACAAAAGGGGCUGCUUCACCGCCCCUUCCCCGGCCCCUGCCCCGCCCCCUGCCCCCACUCCUGCACCCAACCCCACACCCCCACCCACCGUUGGCACCAGCUGAAAGACAGUGGCUGUGGCCCCAGGCUCCCUAAGAAGCCAAACCCGGGCCACCCAACCAUCCAGGGCUCCACUGAGUCUCUCCUCAUCACAGAGGGCCACCAAGAAACAACAAACUCGGAAGUGAAGUGACCAUCACGGACUUACCUAUGUGUCUGGAGUGGAAAUAAUAAAGGCUUUGACCCUGAUUUGGUUUGAUCCAACUGGA